AUCAUUUGCAGCCUUCACUAUCCCGGAGCUUCUCCUCCAAAGCAGGUGAGAGAGAGGGAUGAGUGAAGAGACCUCGGGAUCCUUCCAAGGCUCACAUCACCCAUUCGUCUCAUUACUGGACACCAAUAAUUCUCAAUACACCUGAGUGCCUGGCAUUAGACCGUCACAUUGAACAGUGUGUAAGUCAAUUCAUCAUCUCAAGUUCUGACUACUCAGUACAUUCAGUAGAGCCAUAUCUAUCGUGUCAAGUAAAAACCCCAAGUUCAAAGUAGUCACAGGCACAACAACAGGCUCCGGAGUCACUGCGAUCACGGACCCUUCAAACCUCAAAUAUCGCCCGCCCAAAGAUGCUGGUCCCUCAAUCGUGAUGCUCCUUGCCAAAGAUAGUCAAUCUGACCUCCUCGCCUGCAAUAUUUGUAACUUGACAAUCCUCUGCACCUCUGACCCUCCAAAGUCCUCCCUCGUUGAUUCGAAAGCUCUUUCCAUCUUGGCGAUUGUUAUCGGUCACCAUGACGAGCAACGGUCCGCCUUUGGUAACUUCACAAAGCACAACCCCUCCUUUCUCAGCCUUGAUAUCACGAGUGUUACCAGCUGAAAGCAUGAGAAUACGACAAGUGCUGUCACCAUAUAUGAUGGUCCUAUCCGGAGCUGACUCGAGGUAGACGGUUGAGUAUGCGAUAUCUGGUACUCAUUAGUAUGAAGUUGAAGCAAUGGAAAGGGAGGAAGUGACUUACUUUCUUCCAUCUCGGCAUCACCACUUCCAAUGACAAGUCCUCUAACCUUUCCUAUCGUCUCCUCCCAAUCAUCAUCCACUGCUUCACGUCUUCGAGUUUGCAGCGAGGACUUUGCUUUGACGGGAAGUGGCUCGAACGCAACACGACGAGGGAUUGGCUUGGCGAACAUAUCAUCCGAGAUGUUGCUGAGCUGCUUUCUCAUGGAAGAGGCAAUUCCAGCUCUGCCAGCAUGUUCAGUGACAGUACUUGGCAAAGGGGUUUUGGCUUUCCUGGUGGAUUUUUUUGGCAAUUUCUUUGGCGACUCCUGCUUGAUGGCGUUGAGAGAUUGGGUGCUGUUGGAGCCGUGAAUACGUGGUGGUGGUCGAAUUGGUGUCUCAGCACGUUGACCAUCUCCAUUGCCACUGUCCUCCUCUGCGCUUGGUGUCUUUUCUUGAAUGAGGGUUCCAGGAAGUUUGACAGUAUCAAUGAGCGAUAUCUUCCUCUCCGUGUCUUCAGCUGCGCUCUCCUCCUCUGUGUUGGCAUCAUACCCAUCGCUUCCAGCCUUUCUACGAUCAGCCUUCUUCGAGCCUCCAGACUUACGACGACGCGUGGCUGGUGGUGUUGGGGUGACAUUGAUGCGCUCGCGGUCACUCACCUCGUCUCCGCUGAGAGUGGCCUCUUUCGUGGCAUUUUUGUGCUUGCGGAAAGGCAAUGAGGCGCCUGGAACUUGGCUCGCGAUAUCCUCCUCAUCAUCGUUGCCUCCUACAAUCUCAGAAUGUCUUCUCUUUCGCGUCUUGUGGAUCUUGUGCUUCUUCUUUUUCUUCUUCUUACUCUUCGCGCUGUUGUUGACUUGAGAUGAAGGAUUAGCGUCAGCUUCCUCAUCAGCUGCGUAACCACCGAAGGAUGCGAGUGCGUGCUUCAUGGUUUGGCUCUCCUGUCGGUUACGUUUGUUUUCAAAUUGAGUAGAAGUAGGGGAGGAGAAGCACAAUUGGGGCUGGGUUUGAUUUUCGGAGGCCAUUGUAAGAGGUGGUGGUCUAACAAAGUUGUUUGCCCAAGGUCGGUGGUUGACAACGAUGAAAGAACGCGGGAUGUUGGUGGGUCCACAUGUCGGUUAUUAUGGCAACCAGGAGUGGCCGUUGCUGCAAUGGUGCCUCUUCAAAGGUGAGGCCAACGAGCAAGCAGAUCAGAAACCAGGAACUUGGGAUGCCAUACAGAUCGGAACAUCCCAAUGCACUCAAAGUAAGUGUGCAUAUUCUACAUACACAUACCUAUGCAAGGAGGUAAUCUAGCAGCCCUAGAUAUCCAGCCUGGUUUUUCAAGGAAGCUUGGGAUGAUAAACACUUACAAAUCUCAUGAAGAUUCGCAUAGUUGA